GCGUGGAUUGUGACAGGGGGGCUGAGGGAGGGGGUGGGCCGUUGUGUUGGGGAGGCAGUGAGGGAUCAUGUGGCGGCGGCCUCCUCCCUGUCCCAGAAGAAAGUGAUCGCUGUGGGUGUGGCCCCCUGGGGCCUCGUGCACAACAGACAGUGUCUCGUCAACGCUGAGGUACACACCCACAUAGGGUGCACGCGCUGACACACAAACACACACACAAAUGCACGAAUGCACGCACACAAGGUGUGACCACACACACAUACACACACACGCACACACACACACACUGUUCAAUAUAAUUAAACAUGCACAGACACAUACACACAUAUAGUAGCUCCCCUCUGCUUCUCACCCUCUCUCACUCAGCAAAGCAAAACCACAGGAAUUCAAAUUAAUAAUAAUAAUAAGGUAAUUGUAUUACACAAGGGAUGGUAAUCAUAAUGCUCUCUCUCUCUCUCUCUCUCUCGGUCUCUCUCUCUCGGUCUCUCUCUACCCUCCUUUCACUUCCCCGAUCUCACUCUCCCCCUCUGCCUUUACCCUUCUCUACCCCUGCUCUCUCGCUCUCUCGCUCUCUCUUCCUCCCUCAGGGUAGUUUUCCAGCACGGUAUUAUGUCCAGAACACGUCCCAUGAUUCGUGCUCCCUGGAUAGUAACUACCAGGCCUUCCUGCUGGUGGAUGAUGGGAGUGUAGGCCGGCGGGGAGGGGAGAUGGCCUUCAGGGCCAAGAUGGAGGACUACAUCUCCCACCAACGCACAGGCAUCUGGGGUGAGACUCAGUAGACACAUAGGUUACAUACGCGCAUGCACGCAUACAUGUGCAUAGACACACACACACACACACACACACACACACACACUUGUAAGACAAGCCCCCAGGUGUACAGGUGAUGUGCAGUAUGUUUAAGCCACCCAUUUAAGGUGUACUAUGUUCAGAUCAACAAUAUUACUUUUCUUAUCAGCAAUCAUGUUUCCAGUUCACACAUUUCAGCAUGAAAGUGUGAAGUUAAGCCGUAAUGAGUAUUACAGGGGACCACUGAACGGUAACUCCUUGCUUGCGGUUGGAAAAUGCGACUAGAUGUAAUUCAAUCAGUAGAACCACAAUAAUGUUGAUAGCUAGAUGCUAUAAAGCCCAUAUCCUAUUGCCACGUAUUUACAAAACUUGUAUUGCUUAUAUUUGGUGGGUUAUUUAUAUAUUUCAGGAAGAAAGACUAACAAGUUCAUCCAAAGUUGAACUCAUCUGGCAAACAACCCAUUGGAGUUUCUAUUGGAGUUUCUAUAGUUUCUAUUGACAUCAUGACUACACAAGGCAAUCUCCUCCUCUCUUUUGUGUAGUGUUCCAUUUUUGUAUUUGUAUUUUAUAAGGAAAUACAUUUAACUCACCGUUCCAAACCCAUGAUGCUUGUGGAAAAAUACAUAUUCUUAUAAAUAUUUGUAUGAGUAGUAAAUCAUGAAACAUUCACACAUUGACAUAAAUAUGAUGGACAUUCACUAUGACAUCUGAUCAAUGAUUCAUGACAAAAAACUUAACAAUAAUUUGAUACAUUCUCAUUCUCCCCACACCCACACCCCUUCCCUGUACCUUUUGUUUUCCAGGUAGUGGCAGUAUAGAUGUCCCUGUAUUGUGUAUGCUCAUCUCAGGGGAAGCUGCCAUGCUGGAGGUAAGCUAUGGCAACAUCACUAUCAUCACUUUGACUUACUUUAAUUUUCAUGACCUCUCUACUGUCUCUCUCUCUCUUCUCUUUCUUUCUUUCGCUCUCUCUCUCUCUUUUCUGGUUCUCUCUCAUACCUCUCUCCCUCAGAGGGUGGAUCUCUCACUGAAGAAGGCUACUCCCUGGCUGGUGUUGAAUGGUUCUGGUCCAGCGGCGGACCUUAUCUGUGAGCUGCUGGAUGCCCUGUCAGCCAUGCCCAUGAGCCCCACCUCUCCCCUGCAGGAGGGUGAGGGGAGCGAGAAGCCCAGUGCGGAGCUGCGUGACAGGGCCCGUGAGAGGGUCCGGAGAUACUUCCCUGCCAAGGCAGACCUGGAGAAGCUUGUGGACAGGGUGAGUGAGUGUGGGUGUUUUUAUUUUAUUUGUCACGUGCACAGUUUACAGCAGGUAUAAAAGGUACAGUGAAAUGCUUGUUCGCUAGCUCCCACAACAUUGCAGUACAAUAAUCAAUAAUAAGAAGUAAAAAAAAAAAAAAGUAAUAGAAGAGGUAGUAUGCAUAGUAAUGUUUGUGUGUGUGUAUAUUUAAGCAAUAAAGCCCAAGGGGGUGUGGUAUAUGGCCAAUAAACCACAGCUAAGGGAUGUUCUUAUGCACGACGCAACGCAGAGUGCCUGGAAACAGCCCUUAGCCGUGGUAUAUUGGCCAUAUACCACAAACCCCGAGGUGCCUUAUUGCUAUUAUAAACUGGUUACCAACAUAAUUAGAGCAGUACAAAUAAAUGUUUUGUCAUACCCAUGGUAUACGGUCUGAUAUACCACGGCUUUCAGCCAAUCAGCAUUCAGGGCUCGAACCGCCCAGUUUAUAAAAAGUGUGUACGUGUACAAGCAUCCACGCGUCUGUAUAUGGGUGUUGGUGUGUGAAAGUGAGUUCGAGUGAGUAAGCGAGUAAGUGUCCCGUGUGGCUCAGUUGGUAGAGCAUGGCACUUGCAACGCCAGGGUUGUGGGUUCGAUUCCCACGGGGGACCAGUACGAAUGAAAAUGUAUGCACUCACUACUCUAAGUCGCUCUGGAUAAGAGCGUCUGGUAAAUGUAAUAUAAAUGUAAGUGACUAUCAUACUGCUCAUCUCUUUAUUUUCUCUCCCUCCCCCAUCUGUCCCCCCCCCCCCCCCACCCACCCACCCAAAGGCUCUGAGUAUCUAUAAAAACAGAGAUCUGAUCACAGUGUUCCACGGGGAGCAGGAGAGUCCUGAUGAUUUUGACACGGUGCUACUGAAGGCUCUCGUCAGAGGUAGGUGCGUGUAUGCAUGUGUGAGUGUGUGUGGUGUGUGUGUGUUUGCUAUCUAUUGACAGAUAUGUUGAACCUGAUCCUGGUCAAACUACUCAUUCGCUCUAUGUAUUUUUCUGUCAGCUAGUAAACGUGUGUCAAGUGAUGCCAGUGAGUACACAGAGGAGCUGAAGCUAGCAGUAGCCUGGAACAGGGUGGACAUCGCUAAGAGUGAACUCUUCAACGGAGACAUCCAAUGGAGGGUGAGCUGCUCCUCACGAUCACCACUAUCACCACUGUUAAACAGCAUUUAUUUUCUUUGAUGUUAUUUAGCUGACAAGGUAUUUAUUAUAUUCAAAACAGGCAGGUAGAACAGACCGACAGGCAGACUAUCUUUCCGCUUCACAAAUUGGAAAUUGAACAAUAUAGAGAGGCUAGGGCGGUGGAGAAGGGAAGUUGGAAAUCGAUUCAAUUCGUGAAGCGUUCCUUAAUUUUCUCAAUAGUAUUGUUUCAACUUUGACAGACAUAUAGAUUUACUGAUCGAUAGACAUGUUUAUAAAAACACCCUCCUAUCCUCCCAUAGUACGAGGACCUGGAGGACUCCAUGACGGAUGCGCUGAUCAACGACAAGCCCCAGUUCAUACGUCUCUUCAACGAGAACGGCCUCAACAUCCUGGACUACCUAACUUACAGGCAUCUGGAGGUCCUGUACCGCUCGCUGUCCGACAGUUCUCUGGCCUACACGCUGCUCCAGCGGCUUCUCACAGAGAGGCAGGGCCUGGCCGGAUACCUGCCUACUGCUGCCUGCUCUCCGAAAGAGGCCUUAGCCCUCAAGAGCCCCCAGAGCCCCAUGAGCCCCCUAUCAGGACCCUCCUCUGCCAAAGAGCUCAGCUUGUAUGAGGUGAGGAGGGUUUAGGGCUGUUGCGGUGACUGUAUUACCGCCACACCGGCGGUCACGAGUCAUUAAGGCAGUCAAAUUCCACGUGACCGUUUAGUCACGGUAAUUAGGCUUCUCCAAGCUCUGAUGCUGCUGAUGGUCAUUAGCAGCCUACCAAACUGGCUAACUACCUGGUACUCAGCACUCUAUUGUCCCUCUAAUCACUCUGACGUCAAUGCAAAUGUGAUCGAAAAAGGCAAGAAACAAUGCCUUUUUUUGCGACUUUUCAAAUCAUAGUCGCACACCUCAUGUAGCCUAGCCCAUAGGCCUAUAUGUGGCCAAAUAACUUCUUAAAAUUAAGCACAUUAAUCCACUUUACAAGGGGUGUAGAGCCUAACUGGCAUACAUAAGCAGCACGUGAGUUUCAAGUUUGGGGAAGAUCAUUUUCACCAUACAAAUGCACCUUUUAUAAUAAAAGCAAACAUGCAUAAUCACUUUUGAUAAUGGUUUCCCGCUAAUGGAACAUUCGCGCUUAUAGCCUACUGCAGUGUGCGCAUUGCUGCGCUUAUAAUGUGAAGAAAUAGCCUGAUAGUUUAUCACAUUUUAAGCUAAACGUUCUGAUCUGUUGCGUCAGCCUCAUUGCGUUAAUCAAGUUGUUUUAAUUCUAGAGGUUGUAUUGAUUUGGUUCUAUCACAUCCCACAACUGUCCCAGUCUAUGUUUGGAAUAUUUAUUUCUCGCACAGAAUAGAAUAGGUCGACUUUUGUACUAUCGGGGAUAGUAGAUUGACAUAGGCUAGUGCUUAUGCUGUUCGUUAGGCCUUGUUGGAUGACGAAAAGUAAAUGUGGACAGUUUUUCUAAUAUCUUCAAUAUGCACCUCGGAAUUGGAUAAGGACGCGCGCAGUUGCAUCCCCGAAGUGUCUGUCUUCACUUGUAGCCUGUGAGAAAGACCCGAUCACGUGAUGAAGAGCCAUGUGGGUGAGAGGUGCUUCGGAGCACGCAGCACUCAGGGAGAAGGGAACAACGACCACUGGCCGCAAAAGGCAUGGAUUGUUUUAGGGUGCAUUACUGCCAUACAAAGGGGAUGCAGCUGGGAAAUUUGAGGCAUUAUCAAGUGGUUGUCAAAGUGUGUACAGCCUGCGCAAAAAACAAAGCAGAGCUCAUGCCUUUUCAAGUGACUUUUUUCAAAUCAUCAUUAGAGUCCCAUCAUGCAGCCUUAGAAUGUAUUACAAAUCAAAACAACGUUUGUAGAACAACUAAAGUUACAUUACUAACUCUAAAUUAAGCAUAUAGGAGUACCUACAGUACCAGUCAAAAGUUUGGACACACCUACUCAUUCAAGGGUUUUUCUUUAUUUUUACUAUUUUCUACAUUGUAGAAUGAUAGUGAAGACAUCAAAACUAUGAAAUAACACAUAUGGAAUCAUGUAGUAACCAAAAAAGUGUUAAACAAAUCAAAAUAUAUUUUAUAUUUGAGAUUCUUCAAAUAGCCACCCUUUGCCUUGAUGACAGCUUUGCACACUCUUGUCAUUGACUCGUAGUGUAUUUCUUAAUGUAUGCACUCACUAACUGUAAGUCGCUCUGGAUAAGAGCGUCUGCUAAAUGACUAAAAUGUCAAUGUAAAUGUUAACCGCUCAACACAGAAUAGCCUCAGGUGUGCACUCCCUCAAAUCCUUUGGAGAAAAUAUUAUUUAUAUUUUAUUCAGCUUUGUUCACUUGUAUUCUUCAUACAAAUUUUUUUUAUAAAAUAAUGCCAUGGAAUUCUAACCAAAUCUUGUCUGCUAAAUGAACUAGUGUAGCCCACAGCCAUAUGGCAUAGCCAGAUCAGGACCUAACAUAAGUACAACUCAGAGUAAGCAAUUCUGUUCUUCUGAAAUAGACAUUUUCUUACAUUUACAUUUUGCAGACGCUCUUAUCCAGAGCGACUUACAGGAGCAAUUAGGGUUAAGUGCCUUGCUUAAGGGCACAUCGACAGAUUUUUCACCUAGUCGGUUCGGGGAUUAGAACCAGCGACCUUUCGGUUACUGGCACAACGCUCUUACCCACUAAGCUACCUGCCGACCCUUCUUCAUAUCAUGUUUCUUUAGACCUGUCUAAAAUAAAUAAUGGAUUUAUUGUGGAGGUGUAGCCUAUAUUAAAUGGAUUUAUUAUACUUUUUUAAAUGUAGAUGUUCCAAAGGUCAGCAUCGGUGGCUUGUAGGCUAUGUGUGGAAGCCAGGAGAUGCUAAAUGUGUUUGUUAAUUAACGGUCAAUUACCGUGAGACCGACAGUUAUUUGCUUGACAAUCACCGGCUGACAAAAUUUUGUGACCGCCACAGCCCUAGGAGGGAUUGCACUUUAUUUUAUGGUACAGAAAUGACUAGGUAUUUAUUGAGAAAUUAUAAAAUCAAUUGAUUGGUCAAUUGAUAAAAUAGGAGGGGUCAAAGGGAAGGUAUGGCGUAAUUCGCUGUGCGUGGAGUUGUAACUCAGUUGAUCGAAUGUAGGUGUUUUGUUUGAUAAUCUGCUUUAACUAUUUAAUCAUCUCAGUUCUAUGUGACUUCCUCUCGCCUCUCGCUCAAGGUGUCACGGCUUCUAUGGGACAUCCUGGGAGAUGUGUGUGAGCCCUUCUACUACAGCCUUCUGGGUUUGGACCAGAGCACCAGCACCAGGAGAGCAAUGAAGGUAGUGGCUACCAUAGCUGCACUCUUUCCACUAUACCCCUCAAACUCAACUCUGGACCUUGAAGCUAGUUCCACUGCUUUUUAAAUAAAUGGUUCCCCUCUAAUCAGGGACUGAUUUAGACCUGGUGCAAUUAAUUAUCAGGUAGAACCAUUUUCUAUUGGUAGAACAGAAAACCAACAGGCUCCGGACCUCGUAGGGUAAGCGUUGAAUACCCCAACCCUAUACACUUAGAAAAAAAGGUGCUAAGUAGAACCAUAUAGGGUUCUUCGGCUUGUCUCCAUAAGGGAACACUUUUUGGUGCAAAGGUAGAACCCUCUAUGAAGGGUUAUUCCUAGAACUUAUAAAUGGUUCUACCGAGAACAGCGGUCGUCAGUUUCACCGUGUUUGCCUCCGAGACAUUGGGGCGGCUGACAUCCGGGUUAGCGAGCGUUGCGUAUAAGAAGCAGCACUGCUUGGCAGAGCAUGUCCUGAUACUACCGAGCCAUUGGGGAGUUGCCGCAAUGAAACAAGGUCGUAAAGACACAAUUGGAUAGCACCAAAUUGGGGAGAAAAUGGGGUAAAAUUGGAUAAACAAAUGUAAAAAAUAAAUUAAACUCUUUAUGACAAGAUAUUGCAUAUAUCAUAAGACCUUUCUUUGAUGGCCUAGUUAUACCCUAAUAAAGUGGUCUGAAGCUCCUGGUUUACAAGUCACAUUAUGCUGGCUUGCAAAGUGAUGUGUAAUUCUUAUUGGAAUUCAGCCAGAGCGAGGAUAUCCAGCAACUGGAAUCACCCGCAACCUGCAUUUAGGAUGACUGCCAUGGUAGGGAAGAAUAAUCAAUGAGACUACCUAAAUCAUCUAAACUGGAACAGCCAUCUCAGUAACAGGUGCAAUAAGUCUUAACUACUAACAGAUUGGACUAGUUUAGAAAAAUGUGUGUUAUUUAUAUUUGUGUAGCAUAAGAUUAACCAAGCAAUCAAUGGACAUGCAAAAACACAGAUACUGAAACAAACAAUUCUGAAAAUCAACCUGCCAAAGAGCGUGCUGGGAAAUAUGAUAAUGAUGGUACUGGUUUUGAGUGUUUUACUCUACACAGAGUAAAAAUGACACAAUCACACUCAACUCUGGUUAUUGACACCAAUACUGGGGUUCUUUUACACCACUAAGUGUUAAGCUAAUUUAACUCCUAAAUCAACACAAGAAAUGUUCAGGGGAGUUUCCAGGAUUUGUUUUAAUGGGAGCCAAGGGGGGACCAAGAACCACACAAAAUUGGCUUAAAGUACGAUGCAUUGUAUUGAGCAACUGUUUCAACUGUUAGUUUGUCCCUAAUCUAUUGGCAUUAAAUAAUGAUCAACCUUUGAAGGCAGCAUUAAUUAUGAGAUUUGUAUCACUAAUCUGAUUCUGACAUGGUUCGAUUGGUGAUAGCAAUUAGGUGGGAACCUGGAAACCAAAACAAUCACCUUUAUAAUAAAGCAUAGCAUGCAUUUAUCGCCUUUUAUAAAACAAUUUAAUCAAAGUGUAAUGGUCGCAUACACGUUUAGCAGAUAUUAUAGCGGGUGCAGUGAAAUGCUCCUCAACAAUGCAGUAAAAUGUCACAAUUUAAAAUAAAUAAAUAUCAGAACAAAUACAAAUUACAAUACAAAUAACACUAACAAUAAUCCAAGUUGGGAGGAUGUGGCGUGUAGAGGCAGGCCGGGUGGACGUCAUGGGGGUGGUCGGGGAGGUUGAGGGUGGAGGAGGUUCAGGAGUGGAGGCAGGCAGGCAAGGUAGAAUUGUUGUGGAAUUGGCUGUGUCCAUAAAAUGUGUGUAGUGUGUGUGGGCUGGAGGUGGAGGCCUGGGCGUUGUUGUUCACUGGUUUGCUCCAAUUGGGGAAGGGGUAGUGGGGGUUGAAGGGUAGGAAAGGGAAAUAUAUCCUAUAUAAAAAGGAUAUGUAUAUGUAUUUAUAUGUAUGUGUAUGUGUGUAUGUAUGUGUAUGUAUGUACAGUGAGGGAAAAAAGUAUUUGAUCCCCUGCUGAUUUUGUACGUUUGCCCACUGACAAAGAAAUGAUCAGUCUAUAAUUUUAAUGGUAGGUUUAUUUGAACAGUGAGAGACAGAAUAACAACAACAAAAAUCCUGAAAAAAAAACGCAUGUCAAAAAUGUUAUAAAUUGAUUUGCAUUUUUAUGAGGGAAAUAAGUAUUUGACCCCUCUGCAAAACAUGACUUAGUACUUGGUGGCAAAACCUUUGUUGGCAAUCACAGAGGUCAGACGUUUCUUGUAGUUGGCCACCAGGUGUGCACACAUCUCAGGAGGGAUUUUGUCCCACACCUCUUUGCAGAUCUUCUCCAAGUCGUUAAGGUUUCGAGGCUGACGUUUGGCAACUCGAACCUUCAGCUGCCUCCACAGAUUUUCUAUGGGAUUAAGGUCUGGAGACUGGGUAGGCCACUCCAGGACCUUAAUGUGCUUCUUCUUGAGCCACUCCUUUGUUGCCUUGGCCGUGUGUUUUGGGUCAUUGUCAUGCUGGAAUACCCAUCCACGACCCAUUUUCAAUGCCCUGGCUGAGGGAAGGAGGUUCUCACCCAAGAUUUGACGGUACAUGGCCCUGUCCAUCGUCCCUUUGAUGCCGUGAAGUUGUCCUGUCCCCUUAGCAGAAAAACACGCCCAAAGCAUAAUGUUUCCACCUCCAUGUUUGACGGUGGGGAUGGUGUUCUUGGGGUCAUAGGCAGCAUUCCUCCUCCUCCAAACACAGCGAGUUGAGUUGAUGCCAAAGAGCUCCAUUUUGGUCUCAUAUGACCACAACACUUUCACCCAGUUCUCCUCUGAAUCAUUCAGAUGUUCAUUGGCAAACUUCAGACGGGCAUGUAUAUGUGCUUUCUUGAGCAGGGGGACCUUGCAGGCGCUGCAGGAUUUCAGUCCUUCACGGCGUAGUGUGUUACCAAUUGUUUUCUUGGUGACUAUGGUCCCAGCUGCCUUGAGAUCAUUGACAAGAUCCUCCCGUGUAGUUCUGGGCUGAUUCCUCACCGUUCUCAUGAUCAUUGCAACUCCACGAGGUGAGAUCUUGCAUGGAGCCCCAGGCCGAGGGAGAUUGACAGGUCUUUUGUGUUUCUUCCAUUUGCGAAUAAUCACACCAACUGUUGUCACCUUCUCACCAAGCUGCUUGGCGAUGGUCUUGUAGCCCAUUCCAGCCUUGUGUAGGUCUACAAUCUUGUCCCUGACAUCCUUGGAGAGCUCUUUGGUCUUGGCCAUGGUGGAGAGUUUGAAAUCUGAUUGAUUGAUUGCUUCUGUGGACAAGUGUCUUUUAUACAGGUAACAAGCUGAGAUUAGGAGCACUCCCUUUAAGAGUGUGCUCCUAAUCUCAGCUCGUUACCUAUAUAAAAGACACCUGGGAGCCAGAAAUCCUUCUGAUUGAGAGGGGGUCAAAUACUUAUUUCCCUCAUUAAAAUGCAAAUCAAUUUAUAACAUUUUUGACAUGCGUUUUUCUGGAAUCAUCAAAGAACCCUUUCUUCAAAAAUAGGUUCUAGGUUGAAACCCUAGCCUCACAAAGAAUCCUCCGUUUCCAAAAAGUGUUCUUAAAAUGAAAACAGUUAUUGGUAGAACCCUAUCCCUCCGCAAAUAACUAUGUUAGAACCCUUUUUUCUAAGUGUGUAGUGCACUGCUUUUGACCAGGGUCCAUGAAUUACAAAUGCAUCUGUUCUCAAUGCCAAGGUCCAGUGAACUAGGCCUACUUAUUCAUGUUAUAGAGUAGACUCCACUCCACCAAUAUAGUUGAAUUAUCAACACUGCUUAGGUUAUACAACUGCAUUACUUGCCAUAGAAUGUAACUGUGACUGCUGUGCUAACCAAGCUGUAUUCACUCUCUCGAUCUCUCGCUCUAUAUAUCUCUCUCCCCUCUCAGCAAGUGAAUAAGUUGUUGCUGGGGGAUUGUUCGUACAGGGAGCAGAGCUGUCUCUAUCCGUGGGCCUCUCUGUUCAUCUGGGCUGUGCUGCAGAACCGCAGCGAGAUGGCUGUCUACUUCUGGGAGAUGGUAAUUUUUUUAUUUAAUUUUUUUAUUUAAACUUAAUAUGAGCAGGUGAGUCAGUUAAUAAUGUAUGGGAACAGGCAGCUGUAAUGACAAUGAGAACAAUGACUCUCUAAUGGGUGCUUCAUUCUAUAGCUAGAAGACUCCUGAUAUCUUAAAGUAUAAUUUGUGUCUAUCUGUUGUCUAGUGCUGUCUUUUUGCUAGCUAGGGCUAUCUACUUUAAGUGCUGCAUGUCUUCCCAAUAGCCUACUUGGUGUGUGAACUGCUGACUGCUAUUAACAUUUUCAAAGACUCCAGCCACCCUAAUCAUAGACUGUUCUCUCUGCAACCGCACAGCAAGCGGUACCGGAGUGCUAAGUCUAGGUCCAAAAGUCUUCUUAACAGCUUCUACCCCCAAGCCAUAAGACUCCUGAACGCUGCUGCUACUCUCUGUUUAUUAUCUAUGCAUAGUCACUUUAAUAACUCUACAUGUAUUACCUCGACUAACCGGUGCCCCCGCACAUCGACUCAGUACCGGUACCCUCUGUAUAUAGCCUCGUUAUUGUUAUUUUUACUGCUGCUCUUUAUGUCUCCUGAGUGGCGCAGUGGUCUAAGGCACUGCAUCGCAGUGCUAGCUGUGCCACUAGCGAUCCUGGUUCGAAUCCAGGCUCUGUCGUAGCCGGCCGUGACCGGGAGACCCAUGGGGCGGCGCGCAAUUGGCCCAGCGUCGUCCAGGGUAGGGGAGGGAAUGGCCGGCAGGGAUGUAGCUCAGUUGAUAGAGCAUGGCGUUUGCAACGCCAGGGUUGUGGGUUCGAUUCCCACAGGGGGUAUGAAAAAAAUAAUAAUAAUGUAAGUCGCUCUGGAUAAGAGCGUCUGCUAAAUGACGUAAAUGUAAUUAUUUGUUACUUUUAUUUCUUAUUAUUUUAUAUUGUAUUUUUUUUGGUGUAAUUUUGGGGGUAUUCUUUCUUAAAACUGCAUUGUUGGUUAAGGGCUUGUAAGUAAGCAUUUCACUGGCAUUCGGCACAUGUGACAAAUAACAUUUGAUUUGAUGAUUGUUCAAAUCAAAUUUAAUUGGUCACAUACACAUAUUUAGCAGAUGUUAUUGCGGGUGUAGCGAAAUGCUUGUGUUCCUAGCUCCAACAGUGCAGUAGUAUCUAACAAUUCACAACAAUACACACAAAUCUAAAAGUAAAAGAAUAUAAAUAUUAGGACGAGCAAUGUCGGAGUGGCAAUGACUAAAAUACAGUAGAAUAGAAUACAGUAUAUACAGUACCACUCAAAAGUAAUGUCAUUUCUCUUUGCUUAUUUGAGCUGUUCUUCCCAUAAUAUGGACUUGGUUUUUUUCCAAAUAGGGCUAUCUUCUGUAGUAGUCAGUGGCUGUAUUGGUUUCUCCUCUCCUAGGCAAUCAGCAAUUAUUACCGGGAGAUGUGCUCUUCACCUUUGCAAUGCAAUUAGAAAAUAUUAUUAGUACUUCAGUCUCCCUUGUUCUUCUCAGCGGCGCCCGCGUUAGCGGCUGUCUCGUCGCAAAACUAAGACCAUCGCCGAAACAAAGACGGUUCUGCAGAGUUGUUCUGUGGAAUUAUUUGAGGAAGGAAAGAGAGGAAGGCUCCACACCACUCUCUCACUUGAAUAUCUUACCUAGUUAUUUUCAGAUGAUCUCAUUUUGCUCUUUUGUAGCUUUGCCAACUAUGUGUGUGUGUUUUCUAUUCCAGUUCACUCCUCUCCCUGUAGGCUUUACAGACACUCCCCACCCCUUGGCUGCAACCCUUCUAAUUUAGUGCUCACAACCCAUGUGGAAUUCCUUGUCUCUGGCAGUGUUUGGAACUGCCGAUGGCGGUCAAGAACGCAGAGUUAAUCUCAGCCUAUGCUGCCCUUCAGUCCCUUGACUUUUUGGCCCUGACAUGGAUCACCCCAAGAACACUGCUACUCUCUCUUCAUCUUACUACGUUUUGUCUCAUAGUCCGAGAGCAUCUGGUCGUCGUGGUGGUGGCACAGGGCUGCUCAUUUCUCCUAAAUGGAGAUUUUCUAUUUUCUCCCUCUCUCACCUGUCCAUCUCCUCAUUUGAAUUCCAUACUGUCACUUGUCCACUCAAGCUUAACAUUGUUGUCAUCUAUUGACACCUUGAUAAGCUCAUUUCCUGACGAUGGCUCUUCGAACUUCAACCUCCCGACGUCUGCCUUCGAUUCAUUCAUUUCCAGCUGUCUCUUUCCCCUGCUUGCCUCUUUUAACCUCACCCUUUUCCAGUCCCCCCCACUCACAAGGCAGGCAAUAUGCUUGACCUCAUCUUUACUAGAGACUGUUCACCUACUAAUCUCACUGCAACCCCCUCCAGGUAUCUGAUCACUACUUUGUUUCCUUUUCUUUCUCCCUUUCCUCCAACCCUAGCCACUCAGCCCCUACCCAGAUGGCCAUGUGCCAUCGCAAUCUUCGCACUCUAUCUCCCAAUACUCUCUCCUCCUUUAUCCUGUCAUCUCUCCCUUCUGCUAAAUCUCUUUUCCCUCCUGUCUCCUGAUUCUGCCUCUUCAACCCUACUCUCCACCCUUUAUGCAUCCUAUGACUCGCACUGUCCUCUUUCCUCCCGGCCAGCUUGGUCCUCCCCUCCUGCUCCGUGGCUAAGUGCCUCAUUAAGAGCUUACAGAACAGGGCUGCGGGCAGCUGAGCAAAAAUGGAUCCAAACUAAACUUCUGGAGGACCUAUCAUCCUUUCACUCCUCCUUAUCUACCUUCUCUUCCUCGGUAUCCACUGCUAAAGCCACUUUCUAUCACUCUAAAUGUCAAGCUUCUGCCUCUAACCCUAGGAAACUAUUCUCCACCUUUUCCUCCCUCCUUAAUCCUCCACCCCCUCCCUCCUCCCUCUCUGCAGACGACUUUGUCAACCACUUUUAAAAGAAGGUUGAAGGCAUCCACUCUUCAUUCAAUCAGCCUAUUGAAUCCACUGGUCCCACUCACACAGAACUACCCUAUGCCUUGAGCUCUUUCUCCCCUCUCUCUCCAGAUGAAAUACUGCGACUAGUGGUGUCAGGCCGCCCGACAACCUGCCCGCUAGAUCCCCAUCCCUUCCUCCCUUCUCCAGACCAUCUCUGGAGACCUUCUCCCAUUCCUCACUUCCCUCAUCAACUCAUCCUUGAACGCUGGCUGUGUCCACUCUGACUUCCAAAUGGCCCAAGUCGCUACCCUCCUCAAGAAACCAACACCUCAACUCCUCUGGCGUCAAAAACUAUAGACCGGUAUCCGUUCUUUCUUUUCUUUCCAAAACACUUGAGCGUACUGUCUCUGAGCUAUCUCUCUCAGAACGAUCCUAACCAGUCAGGCUUCAAGACGGGUCACUCAACCGAGACUGCUCAUCUCUGUGUCACGGAGGCUCUCUGCACUGCCAAAGCUGACUCUCUCUACUCUGUUCUCAUCCUCCUAGAUCUAGCCACUGCCUUCGACACUGUGAACCAUCAGAUCCUCCUCUCCACCCUCUCAGGGCUGGGUGUCUCUGCACACUCUUGGAUUGCAUCCUACCUGGCAUGUGAUGUGGAGAGGAUCUGUGUCUACACCACGUACUCUCACUACUGGUGUCCCCCAGGUCUCAGUCCUUGGCCCGCUCCUCUUCUCUCUAUACACCAAGUUACUCGGUUCUGUCAUAUCCUCACAUGGUCUCUCCUAUCAUUGCUAUGCGGCUGUCACUCAUCUACUUUUCUCCUUCCCCCCUUCUGACACCCAGAUGGCGACACGAAUCUCUGAGUGCCUGGCAGAUAUCUCAGCUUGGAUGUUGGCCCACCACCUCAAGCUCAACCUCGACAAGACAGAGUUGCUUUUCCUCCCAGGGAAGGCCUGCCUGCUCCAAGACCUCUCCAUCACAGUUGACAACUCCACGGUGUCCCCCUCCCAGAGUGCAAAGAACCUUGGCGUGACACUGGACAACACCCUGUCGUUCUCUACAAACAUAAAAGCAGUGACUCGCUCCUGCAGGUUAAUGCUCUACAACAUCCGUAGAGUACGAACCUACCUCACACAGGAAGCGGCACAGGUCCUAAUCCAGGUGCUUGUCAUCUCCCAUCUGGAUUACUGCAACUCGCUGUUGGCUGGGCUCCCAGCUUGUGCCAUCAGACCCCUGCAACUUAUCCAGAAUGCUGCAGCCCGCCUGGUGUUCAACCUUCCCAAGUUCUCCCAUGUCACCCCACUCCUCCACACACUCCACUGGCUUCCAGUUGAAGCCCACAUCCACUACAAACCAUGGUGCUUGCCUAUGGAGCAGCAAAAGGAACUGCCCUUCCCUACCUUCAGGCUAUGCUCAAACCCAACACCCCAACCCGAGCACUCCGUUCUGCCACCUCUGGUCACUUGACCCUCCCAUCCCUAUGGGAGGGCAGCUCCCGCUCAGCCCAGUCCAAGCUCUUCUCUGUCCUGGCACCCCAAUGGUGAAACCCUGUCCAUCUUCCGAAAACAUAUGAAACCCUACCUCUUCAAAGUGUAUCUUAAAUACACUUUGUCCCACCUAUCUAUCUUAAGAUAAAUGCACUAACUGUAAGUCGCUCUGGAUCAGAGUGUCUGCUAAAUGACUAAAAUGUAAAUGUACAGUGAGGGACAAAAGUAUUUGAUCCCCUGCUGAUUUUGUACGUUUGCCCACUGACAAAAGAGUAUCAGUCUAUAAUUUUAAUGGUAGGUUUACUUUAUAAAUUGAUUUGCAUUUUAAUGAGGGAAAUACGUAUUUUUUCCCUCACUGUAAAUGCUUGAAGUUAAACUAAUCUGUAGAAAAAUUCAUUAAUUAACGAAUGGACAGAUGCAUUUUAGCAUUGAUCUCUUCCCCUUUUAUAUCCCCUUCUGUCUUUCUCUCUCUCUCUCUCUCCUCUCCUUCUCUCCUCCAGGCAGGGGAGUCUGUCCACAGUGCUCUGACAGGCUGUAAGAUUCUGAGAGAGCUGUCUAAACUGGAGAGUGAGACAGAGACCAAGCUCUCUAUGAAUGUGCUAGCCCAGAAGUUUGAGAACUUGGCCCAUGGUGGGUUAGCCUUAUUCUGGCUGUGUGUUUGUACUGUGAGGAUGUCAAUGUAGUGGUUAUCAACUCUGUUAUGCAUACAUGUGUGCAGCUUAUAUUUUGAGAGUGAAGUUAACCAUAAUACCUGGUAGCGGGUCCGCAUCAGACCGUAAGGGACCACCUGUUCUGAAAGUCUGCUGGACGUCAUCCCAGUCUGGGACCAUUUGCAAUGCUUUCACACUCAAUGCCUUUAAGAUUAGGACUGAAGCAAACCAAUCCACACUCCUAAUGGGAAACCUUAUGUGAAAACCUGUGACCUGUUUCCUCUCUCUCUAGACGUGUUCAGUGAGUGCUACCAGAGCAGUGAGAGCCGCUCUUUCACCCUCCUUAUAAGGAAGUCUCCGGUGUGGGGCGGAGCUACCUGUCUGCAGAUGGCCACCUCAGCCGACGCACGCCACUUCUUCAGCCACGAUGGCGUGCAGGUCUGUACUAAACUCAGGGGUCAGAGGUCAAGGUGUGUGUGUUUGUGUGUGCGUGUGUGCUUUGUGUGCGUGCAAACGUGUGUGUGAAUCUUGAAUCAAAUUAAAUGUGUCACAUGCUUCGUAAACAACAGGUGUAGACUAACAGUGAAAUGCUUACGGGUCCUUUUCCAACAAUGCAGAGUUAAAGAUACAACAUUUAAUAAUCUGUGUGUGCGUGUGAUCUGUGUUCACAUUAAUCUUUAUAAAACUAACCAGCCCCUUAGAUUUCCAGAGUGUGUGUGUUAGAACAUGGAGGGUGGUUAAUUGAAGUUUCUCAGGAUCAACUCUGCUCCUACCUCUUCCUCUGGCAGUCUCUGCUGUCUCAGAUCUGGUGGGGAGACAUGAAGAGGAGCACGAAGGUCUGGAAACUGGUCCUCACCUUCUUCUUACCCCCCCUCAUCUACACCAACCUUAUCAGCUUCAGGUUAGUGUCUGUCUGUCUGUCUGAGAAUUUCCAAUCCAUUAAAGGUGCAAUAUGCAGAAAUCGCUCCUCCAUUUCCUGGUUGAAAAAAUUAUAAUACUUAGCCUAAUUUCAGUUUAUGUGACAAAACAAGCAAUUUAUAGUGUAGAGAAUCAUUGUACCAUCUAAACUGCUGUGAAAUAUAUUUUAAUUAUCCAAAAAUAUUGUAUUUUCAGCUGUUUGAAACUGGUGUACAAAACCAAAAGUAAAAUAAGAAAAAACAAAACUUAAGAACGGGAAGCAUAGAAAUAGUGCACAUAAAAUCAGAUCUACCGCUUCUUAGACUUGCUUUCAAUGAGAAUGACAGAUCUAUAAUUCACAUUUCUAUGUGAAUUUGGGCAGGUCGCCCAAAAAGUUACAUAUUAUGCAUAAUAAGCAUUAAAAUACAGAGAAGAUUGGCUGCCCACAUGAAAAAAUUAUACAGUUUACUAUAGAAUUCUAUAUACAGUACUACACACUGUAGUAUCCCUUGAUCAUGUGUAGUACUUACUAUAGAAUGUUGUAGUAUAAUGUAGACUACUAUAGUAAAUACUACAGUAAUGUCCGCAACAACAAAAGCACAGUCUGCAAAAAAAAUGAUAUUAAACAAAAACACUACAGUAAUUACUAUAGUAUAUACAAAAAACAUUUUACCACAGUAUUUAUACUAUAGUAAACUGUAAAUACUAUAGUAUACUACAGUCAUAUCUGCAAAAGCACUAGAGUAAAUCGAGUCAGAGUCAAGGCAGAGACCGGAAAAAUGCGAGUCUAAUUCAAGACCAUGAUUGUAAUUGUGUCAAAUGUCACCAUAAUAACAGUUCAAAACAUCCAGUAUUUAUGUGUUCAUACACAAUAUAUACAAAGUUGUGUGGACACCCCUUCAAAUUAGUGGAUUCGGCUCGUUCAGCCACACCCGUUCCUGAGAGGUGUAUAAAAUAAAGCACCGCCAUGCAAUCUCCAUAGACAAACUUUGGCAGUAGAACCCGUUCCUGACGGGCUCAGUGACUUUCAACGUGGCACCGUCAUAGAAUGCCACCUUUCCAACAAGUCAGUGCAUUACAUUUCUGCCCUGCUACAGCUGCCCUAGUCAACUGUAAGAGCUGUUAUUGUGAAGUGCAAACGUCUAGGAGCAACAAAGGCUCAGCUGCGAAGUGGUAGGCCACACAAGCUCACAGAAUGGGACCGCUGAGUGCUGAAGCAGAGGAGGAAUAAUGGUCUGGGGCUGUUUUUCAUGAUUUGGGCUAGGCCCCUUAGUUCCAGUGAAGGGAAAUCUUAAUGCUACAGCAUACAAUGACAUUCUAGACGAUUCUGUGCUUCCAACUUUGUGGCAACAGUUUGGGGAAGGGCCUUUCCUGUUUCAGCAUGACAAUGGCCCGUGCACAAAGUGAGGUCCAUACAGAAAUGGUUUGUCAAGAUCGGUGUGGAAGAACUUGACUGGCUUGCACAGAGCCAUGACCUUAACCUCAUCGAAUACCUUUGGGAUGAAUUGGAACGCCGACUGCGAGCCAGGCCUAAUCGCCCAACAUCAGUGCCCGACCUCACUAAUGCUCUUGUGGCUGAAUGGAAGCAAGUCCCCACAGCAAUGUUCCAACAUCUAGCCUUCUCAGAAGAGUGGAGGCUGUUAUAGCAGCAAAGGGGGGACCAACUCCCUAUUAAUGCCCAUGAUUUUGGAAUGAGAUGUUCGACGAGCAGGUGUCCACAUACAUUUGGAUAAAAGCAGAGACUCAGAGCUACAAAAUGGUAUAUCAUACACUGCAGUUGAGGAACAAUGGGAUAGUAAUUCUGCUUUGAAAGUUGAUAAACUUGUAACCCCACUUUUGAGAAAAUUGCCCUUGAAUGUUUGGUACACCUACUGGAGAGCUCUUUGUCUACACCUAUUCAGCAUCUUUCACACCUUAAGUCUUAGCCCCACCCUUCUUUUUAAGGAUUCACAUGUGAGGCCAUAUGCUAAACAGAGUGAGUAAGGUAGUGUAGUAAGCAACCAAAGAUUUCAAGACUAAAAGUGGUGAAAGUACACUACAAUAAGGAAAAACAACAGGUAAAAAUACCUAUAUCCUAAUCUGACUUUGGUGCAUGUCAUGUUGUUCUUCACAUUACUGUCUCUGGUAAACACACACUAUAUCAAAUAAAAUCAAAGUUUGUCACAUGCACAGGAUACAGAAGGUGUAAAUGGUAAAGUGAAAUGGUUACUUGCAUAUAUGCAUAGUAGCAAUAUCAAAAAUAGAAAGUGUCCAGAUAAAAAUAUUUUAUAAUUAUUAGUUGAUGCUUACCCAGACACACUUGUCUAAAUGAUAAAUGAUAACCACAUCUAGCUAAGUGGAUGGGUCACUAUUGUCUAGACAUGUACACAUGUUCAUGAAAUACAAUAGAUGGCCGUAGUCACCCCCAGACACACCUGGCUAACUUGAUUGGUCAUGUAAUCAUCUGGCGAAGUGGAGUCUUUUGUUUAGACAUGUAGCUAGCUAGCUAGCUAAACAAUGAACCAUCAUCCCAACCCAUACUACUAGCAAUACAAACAGAUUGUCAUAGCUAGCCACCAUGCAUGAAAUGCUGUAGUAUGAAUCGGCAGGGACAGUGAAGGAAUAAAGUAUUUGAUCCCCUGCUGAUUUUGUACGUUAACCCACUGACAAAGAAAUUAUCAGUCUAUAAUUUUAAUGGUAGGUUUAUUUAAACAGUGAGAGACAGAAUAACAACAACACAAUCCAGAAAAACGCAUGUCAAAAAUGUUAUAAAUUGAUUUGCAUUUUAAUGAGGGAAAUAAGUAUUUGACCCCCUCUCAAUCAGAAAGAUUUCUGGCUCCCAGGUGUCUUUUAUACAGGUAGCGAGCUGAGAUUAGGAGCACACUCUUAAAGGGAGUGCUCCUAAUCUCAGCUUGUUACCUGUAUAAAAGACACCUGUCCACAGAAGCAAUCAAUCAAUCAGAUUUCAAACUCUCCACCAUGGCCAAGACCAAAGAGCUCAGGGACAAGAUUGUAGACCUACACAAGGCUGGAAUGGGCUACAAGACCAUCGCCAAGCAGCUUGGUGAGAAGGUGACAACAGUUGGUGUGAUUAUUCGCAAAUGGAAGAAACACAAAAGACCUGUCAAUCUCCCUCGGCCUGGGGCUCCAUGCAAGAUCUCACCUUGUGGAGUUGCAAUGAUCAUGAGAACGGUGAGGAAUCAGCCCAGAAUUACACGGGAGGAUCUUGUCAAUGAUCUCAAGGCAGCUGGGACCAUAGUCACCAAGAAAACAAUUGGUAACACACUAUGCCGUGAAGGACUGAAAUCCUGUAGCGCCUGCAAGGUCCCCCUGCUCAAGAAAGCACACAUACAUGCCCGUCUGAAGUUUGCCAAUGAAAAUCUGAAUGAUUCAGAGGAGAACUGGGUGAAAGUGUUGUGGUCAUAUGAGACCAAAAUGGAGCUCUUUGGCAUCAACUCAACUCGCCGUGUUUGGAGGAGGAGGAAUGCUGCCUAUGACCCCAAGAACACCAUCCCCACCGUCAAACAUGGAGGUGGAAACAUUAUGCUUUGGGGGUGUUUUUCUGCUAAGGGGACAGGACAACUUCACGGCAUCAAAGGGACGAUGGACGGGGCCAUGUACCGUCAAAUCUUGGGUGAGAACCUCCUUCCCUCAGCCAGGGCAUUGAAAAUGGGUCGUGGAUGGGUAUUCCAGCAUGACAAUGACCCAAAACACACGGCCAAGGCAACAAAGCAGUGGCUCAAGAAGAAGCACAUUAAGGUCCUGGAGUGGCCUAGCCAGUCUCCAGACCUUAAUCCCAUAGAAAAUCUGUGGAGGGAGCUGAAGGUUCGAGUUGCCAAACGCCAGCCUCGAAACCUUAACGACUUGGAGAAGAUCUGCAAAGAGGAGUGGAACAAAAUCCCUCCUGAGAUGUGUGCAAACCUGGUGGCCAACUACAAGAAACGUCUGACCUCUGUGAUUGCCAACAAGGGUUUUGCCACCAAGUACUAAGUCAUGUUUUGCAGAGCGGUCAAAUAUUAAUUUCCCUCAUUAAAAAGCAAAUCAAUUUAUAACAUUUUUGACAUGCGUUUUUCUGGAUUUUGUUGUUGUUAUUCUGUCUCUCACUGUUCAAAUAAACCUACCAUUAAAAUUAUAGACGGAUCAUGUCUUUGUCAGUGGGCAAACGUACAAAAUCAGCAGGGGAUCAAAUACUUUUUUCCCUCACUGUAGCUAAAGCUAACCAACUAGGUUCAAUGUUAGGCUAUAACUAGCAAUGGAAAUGUAUUUUCUGAGAUGCUAAUAAUAUUACUACACAGAUCAUGCACGUACCAUUAGCUAGCGAGACAGCAAGCUAACGUUUUCUAACUAGCUAACAGUAUGCUUUAACUUGCAAUGAAAAUGACUUUGACAAAAUUAGAAACGUAUAAUAUCUUAAAAUGUAGCUAGACUCUUACCCGUACACUGUACAUGGAUGAAUGCUUCACUGCAAGUCGGAACCCCUGGUGUAAUUUCCAUUUUGUUUGGACAGCUUGUUUGGGCCGUGUUGUGUCAAGUCACUCCGGUUUACACUGACCGUGUGCAGAAUGUAAUCCAUCACAACUUUUUCCCACUGAUCUAUGUCGAUAGCGCCUACUAAAUUCAGGGCAGCAAUGUUGUUGAGAGCAGUAGCAACACUCUUGCAGUUCUCUAUGGCUAACGUUAUACAGUGGGGAGAACAAGUAUUUGAUACACUGCCGAUUUUGCAGGUUUUCCUACUUACAAAGCAUGUAGAGGUCUGUAAUUUGUAUCAUAGGUACACUUCAAUUGUGAGAGACGGAAUCUAAAACAAAAAUCCAGAAAAUCACAUUGUAUGAUUUUUAAGUAAUUAAUUUGCAUUUUAUUGCAUGACAUAAGUAUUUGAAACAUCAGAAAAGCAGAACUUAAUAUUUGGUACAGAAACCUUUGUUUGCAAUUACAGAGAUCAUACGUUUCCUGUAGGUCUUGACCAGGCCUGCACACACUGCAGCAGGGAUUUUGGCCCACUCCUCCAUACAGACCUUCUCCAGAUCCUUCAGGUUUCGGGGCUGUCGCUGGGCAAUACGGACUUUCAGCUCCCUCCAAAGAUUUUCUAUUGGGUUCAGGUCUGUAGACUGGCUAGGCCACUCCAGGACCUUGAGAUGCUUCUUACGGAGCCACUCCUUAGUUGCCCUGACUGUGUGUUUCGGGUCGUUGUCAUGCUGGAAGACCCAGCCACGACCCAUCUUCAAUGCUCUUACUGAGGGAAGGAGGUUGUUGGCCAAGAUCUCGCGAUACAUGGCCCCAUCCAUCCUCCCCUCAAUAUGGUGCAAUCGUCCUGUCCCCUUUGCAGAAAAGCAUCCCCAAAGAAUGAUGUUUCCACCUCCAUGCUUCUUGGUUGGGAUGGUGUUCUUGGGGUUGUACUCAUCCUUCUUCUUCCUCCAAACACGGCGAGUGGAGUUUAGACCAAAAAGCUCUAUUUUUGUCUCAUCAGACCACAUGACCUUCUCCCAUUCCUCCUCUGGAUCAUCCAGAUGGUCAUUGGCAAACUUCAGAUGGGCCUGGACAUGCGCUUGCUUGAGCAGGGGGACCUAGCGUGCGCUGCAGGAUUUUAAUCCAUGACGACGUAGUGUGUUACUAAUGGUUUUCUUUGAGACUGUGGUCCCAGCUCUCUUCAGGUCAUUGACCAGGUCCUGCCGUGUAGUUCUGGGCUGAUCCCUCACCUUCCUCAUGAUCAUUGAUGCCCCAUGAGGUGAGAUCUUGCAUGGAGCCCCAGACCGAGGGUGAUUGACCGUCAUCUUGAACUUCUUCCAUUUUCUAAUAAUUGCGCCAACAGUUGUUGCCUUCUCACCAAGCUGCUUGCCUAUUGUCCUGUAGCCCAUCCCAGCCUUGUGCAGGUCUACAAUUUUAUCCCUGAUGUCCUUACACAGCUCUCUGGUCUUGGCCAUUGUGGAGAGGUUGGAGUCUGUUUGAUUGAGUGUGUGGACAGGUGUCUUUUAUACAGGUAACGAGUUCAAACAGGUGCAGUUAAUACAGGUAAUGAGUGGAGAACAGGAGGGCUUCUUAAAGAAAAACUAACAGGUCUGUGAGAGCUGGAAUUCUUACUGGUUGGUAGGUGAUCAAAUACUUAUGUCAUGCAAUAAAAUGCAAAUGAAUUACUUAAAAAUCAUACAAUGUGAUUUUCUGGAUUUUUGUUUUAGAUUCCGUUUCUCACAGUUGAAGUGUACCUAUAAUAAAAAUUACAGACCACUACAUGCUUUGUAAGUAGGAAAACCUGCAAAAUUGGCAGUGUAUCAAAUACUUGUUCUCCCCACUGUAUCUUUUAAAAAGCAGUUGUAGCUGGGAUUAUCUACACAUACUGAGCAGCUCAUGUUAUAGUCUGAAGCAUGCUACAUGUCAGACCAAACCGAACUCAUCUCUCGGCAUGUCCAGCCCAGCCAUUAUCUCAGCCAAUCAUGGAUAGCCGGAAAGUUCUUGUCUUUUUCUGUGGCUAAACCAAUUAGGCUCGUUAUUUUAACAAUUUUAUUCGUAUUUACAGAUGGCAUAGAAGUUUGUUAUUAAGGCACAUGAAAGGCACAUGUUCCAGAAGGAAUUUUGAUCAACAACAACAACAAAAAUAAGUUCAAAUGCCUCUCCUGUGAAGUAGUGAUGUGCGACAUAUGCCUAGCGUCCUGAAACAGGUCACAUAUGUAUAUUUGGUGUAUAUUUGUGUUAUAUUGUGCAGGGCACAUUUGAAAAAGAGACCUAGGUCUCAAUAUGUCUUCCCUGGUAAAAUUAAGGUAAAAAAAAGUAAUACACUUUUCUUUCACCACCAUCUUACAAUAUCGUUCAAAUUUUCAAUUCGAAAUGCUGACUUAUUUUCCUCUUUGCUUCCCCUUCACAGGCUAUCUUCUCUCUAUCACAUUUUUUAUAUGUGGAGCGUUCCUUAUUUUCCUCAUACAGGGUGAAUUUGAGAAAUUGGAAGCUGGUGGUGAAACUGUCUGUCGGUCUUUAAUUUAUUUCUCAAUCUCUCUCUCUCUCUCUCUCUCUCUCUCUCUCUCUCUCUCUCUCUCUCAGGGAACAUGAGGAAGAGGUGAAGUCGGAGGAGGUGCCUCAUGGUCGAGACACAGAGAGUCUGGACGGAGGAGAUGCCACUAUGUUCUCCCUCUCCGACAUCAUGCAAACGUAAACACACACGCACGCACAUACUCAUCCAUGCACACACACUAAGUAAUUAUUCCCAUUCUUGUCCUCUCAGGGAAAAGGAUGUCGAGGAAUAUGCUGCUCUAAGGGCCAAUCUGAAAAGUGCCCCCUCCUCCAAUCCCAAGAGGCCCUUCGUACUGCUGCGCUGGCGGGAGUUUUGGUUUGUGCCCGUCACCUCGUUCCUAGGCAACGUGCUAAUGUACUUCCUGUUCCUUGGCCUGUUUGCUUAUAUCCUAUUGUUGGACUUCAAGCCCCCGCCCCCUCACGGCCCAUCCACCUUAGAGUUUGUUCUCUACUUCUGGGUCUUCACCCUGGUCUGUGAGGAGUUUCGACAGGUAGGACGCAUCACAUGUAAACAAACA